CCUGUGCCCGGAAGUGACGUUAGGCGUAAACAGGUCUUGUAGCCGUGGCAGCGGUUGAGGCAAGCUGGCUGGCUGGGUACCGGCUGCCCUGACGCGAGAGGGGAGUUGCCUGCGGACCUCAGCCUGAGCCGCAGGCGCUGCCGCUGCGGGGUGGACAGGCCCGAUAGGCCCUUCCAGUGGCUUCAUGCUCUUGUCCAGGCUGUUUUCUCUGCUCGGAAUGCCUUUCCUUGACCUCCGUAUUUGCUAAACUCUGUGCUCCUCCAGGGCGGGCACCAUGUUGCACUCAUCUUUGCCCCCAGCAUCUAGCAGUGUUGGCAUGUAGUAGGCACUCAAGAAAUGUGUGUUCAGUGAACGAUGCCUGUGACAAGCAACCGGACUUUAUUCUUUCCUGACCCUUGCUCCUAUGACAUACCUCCUCCUGGCUGCUACUGUCACCCCUUCAGAGCAGAACUUCUCUAGGGAAGCCGGAAGGGAAACAGCUAUGGCCAAGGAUAUCCUGGGUGAAGCAGGGCUGCACUUUGAUGAACUGAACAAGCUGCGGGUGUUGGACCCAGAGGUUACCCAGCAGACCAUAGAGCUCAAAGAAGAGUGCAAGGACUUUGUCGACAAAAUCGGCCAGUUUCAGAAAAUAGUUGGUGGUUUAAUUGAGCUUGUUGAUCAACUUGCAAAAGAAGCAGAAAAUGAGAAGAUGAAGGCCAUUGGUGCUCGGAACUUGCUCAAAUCUAUAGCAAAGCAGAGAGAAGCCCAACAGCAGCAACUCCAGGCACUAAUAGCAGAAAAGAAAAUGCAGCUUGAAAGGUAUCGGGUUGAAUAUGAAGCUUUGUGUAAAGUAGAAGCAGAACAAAAUGAAUUUAUUGACCAAUUUAUUUUUCAGAAAUGAACUAAAAAUUUCAUUUUCUAAGAGGACCAAAAAAAAAAAAAAAAAGGAAAAAAACUCCACAACCCAAACCAAAAAGACCUCUGUACCAUUUGUACCAUUCCAGUGACUUGACUAAAGACCCAAGUGUGUCAUGGGAGAUGGUGUGAGGAAUGCAGCAUCUCUGAAGGCAGUAACACAGAUCUGGGGGAGCCUCUUCCAGAUGUCAGUGUGUAUCUGCAGGUGAACACCCAGCAGCCAUUGCGGUCCAGGUUCUCACCUCUUGCAUUUUCAGUCUGAACUGAGCAGCCUGGCAGCCUGUAAACUUUGGGGGUUGUUUUUUUUUGUAAAUUUGCAAAGCUUUGGAAGGCAAAGCAAUAAAUUAAUGUUUUCAAAUGGC